AUGAAUAAUACAUCGUGUAUUUAUUUACAAGAAGAUGAAAAUUAUAGUGAAGAAAAAAGUUUAAAUGAAAAUAAAAUUUUGUUAAAGGACGAAAACAAAUUAAAAAAGAUAAAAAAGAAAAAAAAAAAAAGAGAAAAUGAGAAUGAAAAAAUAGUUUUAUUUGAAAAUAAUGAUAUAGUUGAAUAUGACGCAAAUUAUCUUUGUACAAAAAAUAAUCAUAUAGUUUUACUUGAAGAAGAUUAUUUAAGUAUUUUAGAACAUUUAAUAGAAAAAAAGUAUUAUCCUGAUAUUAAAAAAUUGAAGAAUGAAUUAAUUUCAAGAACCCAAGAUAAUAAUGAAAACCUAAUGAUAAUAGAUGAAAAUUAUAAUGGCGAUUUAAAUUAUUCUUCUGAUAAUGUUAAAGACUUGAAAACAAAUUUUGAAGAAAAAGAAAAUAUAACUAGUUAUGAUAUUUUGAACCAGUGUAAUAACAAUAAUAAUUCAUUACUAUUAUAUUCAGAUAAAAAUGAUUUUACAAAUGAAAAUGAAAAUUACAAAUUAGUUAUAUUACCUAAUGGAAAAAAACACAGAAUUAAUCUGAAUAUGAAUUUAAGAGAUUUUCAAAAAAAAUACACAUCAGAGGAUAAUAAAUCUUUUGAAUAUUUACUUAAGAAAAUGAAAAAUAAAUGUAUGGAAAAAAAUCUUUAUUCUAUAUCUAAAAGAAGUCAACAUAAUUUGUUAAUGGAAAAAAUUGAGGAUUAUACAAAAAAAGGAGUAAAUUGUCAUAUAUUGAAUACAAAUAAGUCUGAAAAUGAAUUAUAUUCUAUGAUGUUUUCUUCAAGUUUCAAAGUUAGUAAUAUUGAUAAUAUAAAAAAAAGCAAAUUAAAAAUAUGUUGUAGCAAUACAAGAUUUUCUCAAGAAUAUAAUGAAGAUAUUGAAAAGCAAAUAAAUCAAAGUGGAGAAAUAAAAGAGCUAAAAUUAUUAAAAAAAGAAAAAGAAAAUAAAGAAGAUAAAAUGAUAGAACAAGGAAAAUUUAAUUUAUUAACAAGAAAUAAUCAAUAUGAAUAUGUAAAAACUCCUUUAAUACAAGCUGGAAAGGGAAUUGAUAAAAGUCCGAUUAUAACAUGGGGAAAUAUUAUCAAUACACCAAAAUUAAUAGAAAAUGAAAAUGAAAACGAAAACGAAAAAAACGAGUUUUGUGAUGAAUCAAAUAGCUAUCGCAGUAAGCAAAAAGAGAAUGAAGAAGAUGAAGGGAAUGUCUAUAUAAAAAAUGAAUUUAAUUUACAAAAAAUAAAUAAAAGAGAGAUUAUUGCAGAAAAAUUACAGAAUAGCUUAAAAAAUAUAAAAUACAAUAAAGAAAUUUUAAAAAAAAAAAAUAUUAACUUCUUAAUAAAUAAAAAUUAUAGUUCUCGCAUGUCUUCCACUUCAUUUAAAAAUUCUGUUUUAUCUAGGCAAAGUCAAAAACGCUUAAGUGAAUUAGCUUUAAAAUCAUCUUUAGUAUCUCAAAUUUUAAAUAAAAAGAAAAAAAAAAUAGAUGGAUAA